GAAACUCGACCCAUCUUUCCACCGACUGGAGACUGGGGUGGCUUUCCGCUGAGGCUUCACCAGGUUCCAUUUGGUCAGAAAUUGACUUUUGAGCUCCAUCAUAAGCUCCCUAUCGCUUCGUCGCCGUCCAAACGCGGCAGAAAGAAGGAAUCCCUGCCUCUAGGAUGGGUCAGUUUUCAAACCAUCAUUUUAUGGCAAAUGCGAUCUGGAGUUGUACAAUGGAGGACAACCAUUGGAUUUUGACUGCAUGACGUUUGGUUUUUCCUCAAAGGUUGGAGAGUCCAAUUUUAUCGGGCAGCACGGAGACGGCAUGAAGAUGGGUAUCAAUGCCAUUAUUCGCCAAACAAAAGGCUCUCGUGACCAACCGCCCCAAGUGUUCUAUGUCACUGGUAAAAAGCAAUGGGACUUUUUCUACGUCGAUGAUCUCUUGGAAGCUCAUCAGACACAAUCGAAACUACCAAAGGUCCAUGGCGUUCUUACUCAGAUCAUCGCGUUUCCACGACAGAGUGUCAAAUUUGAACACUUCUUGUUCCUUCGACCUGCAGUUGACGUUUUGGAGAUUGAUCUUGGCGGAAGGCCCAGGGUAGGCGCCAUUCUACUUGAUGAGCGGUUACGACAUCACAUCUUCGCAAAAGGGGUAUUUGUACAAAAGCGAGCCGACCGCACAGUCGGUUUGCACUAUGGUAUCGAUAUUUGGCAAGACGUAGAAAUCAGCAGGGAUCGCGUUGGAUUACAAGACAACGAAGAAUGUUCCAAUGCUGCAUUCGACAUCUGGAGAUCACUUUUCGAAAGCUCGGAGCGGGCUCGACAACUCUAUAUCGACCUGUUGAUCGAGCACGAUUCUUGUAUCGAGACCCGCUAUAUAGCGGAGCAACUCGAAAAGAAGGAUGCACUUCUCCUUUUGGACCAACUUCUAAAGGAUAAGGGGAAUGACGUCUUCUUUUACCACGCUGAGGAUACUGGAGAAUCUGUUCGUAUCAUCGAGCAGGUACUUAAGAAGAAACCUUUCUUGCUUCCUCGAGAGUUUUGCCGGGCACUACUGAAAUGCGAAGUGAUCACAACGCCAGAGCAGGCUCGUAUGAAACGAUUCCGGAGUCUGUUAUCGUCGAAAUACUAUAACGGAGACUCUCCCCAGCUCAAGUAUACCGCACAUCUGAUAGAGGCAUUUCUGCGUAUGGACCCAGAUAUGGCACCUUUCCGGGACUGUUUUUAUUUUAAAUCUGCUUCGGCUAAUAUGGGAGUCGAGAUUGUUGUGGAUGACGGCAAGGUACUUCUUCACGACUUGACGCUAUCCUCGGUCUUCAUCCACCGCAAACCUCGAUUUAUCAUGUGUUAUUGACAUUUGCACGCGGCCGACUCUUUGGAAGAUGCGGAACCCGACAAGGAUAACGACAACGUCCACCUUGAUGAAUCGUCGGAGGAUGAGCAG